AUGGACAUGAUAGACUCAGGGGGCAUCAAGCGCAUUCGACAGGCUUGUGCUACCUGCAGACGCAAGAAGACCAAAUGUACCGGUGACCGCCCGAUCUGCUCCCACUGUCGACGCAACCGCUUGGCCUGCGUUUAUGAGCCCUACUCAGCCACUGUCGCCGACAACCCUCCUCCGAAUCCGACCGUACCCUUGACCGCGAUCGCGAAUAAUCUGAACAAUGUCGAAUUGCUGCAAAGAAUAAGCACGAUAGAGUCGCGCCUGGCCCAACUGAGUGGAACAACCCAACCAUCGCUCCCCCCUCCCGUUUUACGCUCCGUGAUCGACACCUACUUUUUACGCGUCCAUAAUCAACCCUACUCUUAUUUCCAGGAAUCCUCAUUCCGGCACAAGUUAGAGAAUAACUUGUUACCACGAUGUCUCAUAUUGGCGGUGCUGUCAUCUGCGGUGCGAUUCUCAGUGCAUGAGUUUUACGCGGGCCAAACGCGUCAAGCGUCGGAGAAAUACGCCCGAGAAUCAUGGCUAUCGGUUCUGGCAGAGCACUUGACCAUGGAAGAUAAUCUGAAUGUUCAUGUCGUCCAGACGGUCAAUCUGUUGGCAGUUGUUGAUUAUACAGCCGGUCGCGCACGGUCGGGUUGGCUCAAGAUUGGCCUGGCCGCCCGAAUAUCGCAGGAUUUACACCUCAUGUCUGAGCCCGACCAGUGGAUGUCUUAUUCCGAGCAGGAAGAACACCGAAGGGCGUUCUGGUCAAUAUAUUUACUUGAUAAACUGAUCUCCUGCGGGCGCUCUCGACCCCUCAUCAUUCUAGACGAGGAUUGCGAAGUCCAACUUCCAUGCGACGAGAGCACCUUCCGACAGGGAGAAUGGAGAAAAACUAAUACCAUCGGGCAGUUGCUGGACUGGAACUCCAAGCUGAGCGAAAGUCCUAGCCCAUUUGCGCUGGUGGUGCUGAUGGCUUCGAUCUUUGGCCGAUGUACACGAUACGUCCAUCAGAGUAGGAAAAUGGAAGAGAUUCCUCCAUGGGAUCCCAAAUCGGAAUUUUCUGCGAUAAAUUCGUCGCUCUUGCUCUUAGAGUCAUACUCUAAGAGUUCGAGCUGGCAACUUUCCGACGUCCUUCACGGAAGCAUUCAGGCUGACGGCGUGGUCGAUCGGCAAGAAAUCGGACAUCUGAUCUUUGCCCAUACCCUCUUCCACCUCUGCCACUGCCUCUUGAACCACCCGUUCCUCGUGCGGCGGUGGCUGAAGCCUUUUGGGGUCAGAGCACCGGCUAGUUUCUCAUCUCGAGCCCUUCAAGAUGGAUGCGAGCAUGCCAUCCAGCUCAUGGACCUGCUUCAACAAGCUACCGACCAUGGGUGUCUUGUGGAGUCUUCUUUUUACGCUUACUGCAUUGCCAUAGCCGGGGGGAUCCACUCCCUGACCUCACACUUUGACCAAGACAGGGGCCACGAGUCGAACAGUGCCAUCUAUCUUCAACAAUGUAUCGAUUCCUUAGAGCGAUUGGCGAAGCUUUGGGCUCACGCUGGAAACAUUGCUGCGUCGCUACGCGAGUUCCACUCCAUCUCUCAGCCAUUCGCUACCUUACUUGAUCCCAACCAUCUCAUGGACGAGCUGGACUUUGGCUCCGAAGAAGUCAUGUGGUCAAUGAUAGACUAUGCCAUAUUGGGCGCCGAUCCGAGCAAAAAGCAGCCGUCCCCUCAAACCGCUGCGAAUAUGCCGUCACCUACCUGGACUUUGGGGGCCGGAAUGCUGGGACAAGACGGAUAUAGCCCCAGUGGCAAUAUUCUAGGGGGCAUCACCCCCUCCAUACGACUUGAGGAAGUAGAACAAUUCCUCAACUGUAGCCCUCGGCCAGGGAAUAUAAUAUAA